AUGGUUUCAAUAUAGCAGAAGGACAUUUUUUUAAAAAAAAGCGGGCUUAUUCGUAUCGAUUAGCUACUUGGGAUGAAAGAUAAAAACCAUCUUUGCUUGGUUCAAGCAGAAGAUGAUGUUAUUUUAUUUGAAAUUUGGGACAUGUAUGCAGAGCGUAUUAUAGAGCAAAAGAAAAUUAACCUUUAUAAUUAUGAACUCUCUUCAAAUGUGAUUACUUUAGAAUCAAAUUAGCUUGCUUUUUAUGGAGUUAUUUAAGAAACAGGAGUUCAAUGUUUAUUUCUAGUGGAUGUCUUUGCAAGCUCAGAUAAAAAGAAAAAAGAAAUUGAAACUCAAAAAAUUAAAAACUAGUAAUUAAUUUAAAUGAUGAUAGAAGAACAGUAAUUAGAUGAGUUAGAUGAAAAUAAUUAGCUUUAUAAAAUUAAUCUUGACAACCCUGAAUCUGAUAUUCUUUACAGGAAAGAUACUGCCGUUUCUUUAAAUCCUCAAAUUAAAAAUAAGGGGGUAGAAUUAGCUAAUGAUUGCAAUCACUACAAACAAACAAACUUUAAAAAUUAAAAUAAGGAAGAUUUCGAUGCAAAUAUUUUAGAUGUAGAUGAAGAUGGAAAUGUAGAGUUGAAUGAAAAACUAUAAUAAAACGAUAUCGAAAAAAAGAAUUACAACUAAAAUGGUUAAAUGUUCAAGCAAGCAAAUAAAAAAUAGCAAUUAAAUAGCUUUGAUGAAUCAAACAUAUAAUCUCUACCAGUAAUAGAAGACAGAAAUUUACCACUUUUUAUUGAGUAAUUAGAAAAUAAGCAAGAUAUGUCUCUCAUGAAUUCUUUCAUAACGCAAGACUUUUAGGGUAUAUCAGGAAUCAACGAUUUGAUCGAAGACAUUAAUUGCAUUAAUAAUUUUGAGUAUAUAAAUUUUAAUAGGAACGAAAUGCUUAAUUAUAAGGAAUUUCUCCCUUCAUAAUAAGCAAAAAAUGAAAUUUAAUAGCCUCUCGAUACUGUAAAAGAAGCAAAUGACCUUUCAAUAAGAGAUAAUUUCUCUUUAACAAAUAGUAAUAUUAAAAACCAUCAAAUAGAUAAGUAUGCACCUGAUUACGAUGCAUCUAAGCUAAGCAGUGAUAAAUACUAAACAGAAUAAGAUAGAUCAAGUUCUAAUAAUAACAAAAAUAAUAAUAACAAUAAUCUCAAUAUUAGGGAUACUUUAUUACAACAAAAAAAUAUAAAUUUUAAAACUAUUUUUUCUUCUUAAUGCAACAAUGUAAAUUAAAUUAAUGCCAGUAGCAACAAUUAAUGUUUCUCAGCUACUGUAAGUAACUUUAAUGAUUCGGGAAUCGGAUUUGUUAAUAAAUAUAUAGGAGAAGAUAGCUAGGACGUGGGUUGUAUUUAUGAUGGUAAUCAACGUGAAUUAUUUUAAAAUUGCAUAGAAUUCUACUCUGAAAUUUAUGGCUAAGGAUAUCAUGGAAUAAUAAUUGUAAAAAAUACUUAUUAUAUGGUAAAUAAAGAUGAGACAUUCUAUCUCCUUUUAGUUUUGAGUGUUUACCGUACAGGGAAUUCUCAGCAAUUUGCUUAAUACAUAAUUAGAAAAGAUGUAUCAUCUAACUUGACAAAUUCUAUUUAAAUUAUAUGCGUUUAAAAUGCCCAUAAAAUAAUAAUUUAUGACCCCAGCUGCGAUGAGUUAAUUGUUUGGAGCUAUUUUACCGAUCCUAUGCUUCCUUCUUACUAUACUUUCUAACAGUUUCAAAGUCUUCAAAUAAAAUACUGCUUUUAGAAUGAAAUAUUUCAUGAUACCUAUCAUUUUGUUUACAAAGACAUAUAAUCUAAUAUGUUUAAAAUACUAAGUUAUGAUUUUAAAACAGGCAAUAAUAUUACAAAGGGAUUUCCUAACAAAGAACUUCAUAAUUUGAGAUCUCCCAUUAUAAUAAAAUAGUAAGAAGCCUAUGCAAUAAAGAGCAAUAAGUAAUAUUUUCUUGUAAUACCAACUAUUUAUAAAAACCAAGAAUUAACAACUUAUUGGAAUGUUUAUUUACUAAAUUGCGUAACUAAGUAAGAGGGCACAUACUAAGAAGGAUUUCUUUCUUAAAUUCACACCCACGUAGAAUCAUCUGAAACAGACAAUAAUGAUAUAAAAACUCAUUUUGUGCCAAAUUUUAGCAUGGUGUCUCCAAAUAUUUAUUUUUUUAACACAUCAGACAUACAUGUUAAUGUUCAAUCUGCUAUCAGUACUUUUAUUCAUAAUAAGGAUAUCCAUUUUAAGGCCAUAACAAUAGCUAAGGAGCAAUGA